GUAAAACACUCAUUGUUCACUGUCUUACUCGUGCCCUUCUUAUAUUUCGUUUCUUUCUAGUUUUCAUUCACACCUUAGCUAGUUUUGGAGAAGCUAGGGUUUAUAGAGGGUUUCCUCCUUCCUCUCUGUAACAAUGGCGAAACCUGGGCGAGGUCGUCGCUCUCCCUCCGGUUCAGUCUCCGGCUCUUCCUCUCGCUCCUCAUCUCCCUCCUCUUCUCGUUCCUCUGGCUCGCACACUCGCUCCCGCUCCCGCUCUCCCUCGCGCUCCAGAUCUUUCUCAUCCUCCUCCUCUCCCUCCCGCAGCUCCCGCAGCCGCAGCCCUCCGCCCCAGAGGCGCAGAAGUCCCGCUGAAGAAGCAGCAGCAGCAGCUAGGCGUGGUCGGUCUCCUCCACCUCAGUCAAAGAGAGCUUCACCUCCCCCAAGGUAUUUUUAUCUUACUUGUUAUAGUUAUUGGAUGUAUUGCCAGUUAUUAUUUCAACGUAUAAUUUGAAGGC